AUGGAUCUGAGUCUGCUCAAGGCUCUGGAACGAGAGAAGGUUCUAGAGGUUCUUCAGAGGGACAAACUUCUGCGCAACAUGGAGGAGGACAGGAUCAGGUAAACAAUAUUAUUCACUUUACUUAAGCCAAGCUUUUCACAUUUACUGCAUGAACACUGUACAACAACUCCCCUUUGAGGGAUUUUCAGGAUCUGUGGAGUCUGUGACAACAAUGAUGAUGUUCCUCAAAAUAUAAUUCAUAGUUGUUGUUUUACGGUUGAUCAGAAAUUAUAUGAGGCAGUCAAUCUGAAUGAAUGCAACAAAGCUACUUCAAAAAUGUACAGAAAAUGCAGAUGUGAAGAGGACUGUAAGUACAGUUGUUAAAGCAUUGCCAUCGCUACUGUACCUCCUCCAUCUGCCACCAUCUGCUUUUACAGGAGGCUGAAGAUGGAGCUACAGGACAUCCGGAGGAAAGGUGCGAAGAGUUUUGCCCGGCAAUACAGCGAGAGGACGUGUGCCCGUUGUCAGAGGCCACUGGGCAAGUUCUGGAACUCGGGCGCUGUGUGCCAAGGCUGCAGUCACCGCAUCUGCAACAAGUGCCGCGUGGGCGUGUCCACGCUGGACUGGAAGUGCACUGUCUGCCACGCCUACAGGUAGGAGGCAUGUCAGUGCCAUAACAUAGAUGUCAUGUCAGCGCCGUAACAUAGACUUUCAGCACUAUAACCAUGGUUGACUGUAAUAUUGACUGUAAUAUUUUUAUAGUUGUUAUUCUCUAAUCCUUAUUCAAUGAUUAAGGCGUGUUAACUUGUUGAGAAAAUGAACUGACAAAAGGUACAGUAUUUCCUUUGUAGUCUAAACAAAGGUUAAUUAAUCUAAAAUUCACUUCUCAGGGAGGUAAAGUUCAGGUCUGGGGAGUGGUUUGUGGAAGAGAGGGCCAAGAAAUUUCCACCUGAUGCAGGUUUGUUUCCUAUACUCCUCACAUGCCCCAUUCACUCAUAAUUAAUAUGCAUAAUUCACAUAAUUCAUGCCUUAUAUAUCAACAAAAAAAUAAAAUAAAAUUGUGUUUGUCACAUGUGCCGCAUACUAUAGGUGUGGACCUUACAGUGAAAUGCUUACUUACAAGCCCUUAACCAACAAUGCAGUUUUAAGAAAAAUAUGUAUUAAGUAAAAAAUAAAUAAGUAAAAAAGAAAUAAAAUAAAAAAAUUAUAAUAAUUAAAGAGCAGCAGUAAAAUAACAGCCGUGAGGCUAUGUACAGGGGGUACAGGUACAGAGUCAAUGUGCUGGGGCACGGGUUAUUCGAGGUAAUUGAGGUAAUAUGUACACUACCGUUCAAAAGUUUGGGAUCACUUAGAAAUGUUCUUGUUUUCGAAAGAAAAGCAAUUUCUUUGUCCAUUAAAAUAACAUCAAAUUGAUCAGAAAUACAGUGUAGACAUUGUUAAUGUUGUAAAUGGCUAUUGUAGCUGGAAACAGCUGAUUUUUUAUGGAAUAUCUACAUAGGCGUACAGAGGCCCAUUAUCAGCAACCAUUUCAGUCAUCAGUCCUGUGUUCCAAUGGCACGUUGUGUUUGCUAAUCCAAGUUUAUCAUUUUAAAAGGCUAAUUGAUCAUUAGAAACCCCUUUUGCAAUUAUGUUAGCACAGCUGAAAACUGUUGUGCUGAUUAAAGAAGCAAUAAAACUGGCCUUCUUGAGACUAGUAGAGUAUCUGGAGCAUCAGCAAUUGUGGGUUCGAUUACAGAAUCAAAAUGGCCAGAAACAAAAAACUUUCUUCUGAAACUUGUCAGUCUAUUCUUGUUCUGAGAAAUGAAGACAAUUCCAUGCAAGACAUUGCCAAGAAACUGAAGAUCUCGUACAACGCUGUGUACUACUCCAUUCACAGAACAGCGCAAACUGGCUCUAACCAGAAUAGAAAGAGGAGUGGGAGGCCCCGGUGCACAACUGAGCAAGAGGACAAAUACAUUAGAGUGUCUAGUUUGAGAAACAGACACCUCACAGGUCCUCAACUGGCAGCUUCAUUAAAUAGUACCCGCAAAACAUCAGUCUCAACGUCAACAGUGAAGAAGCGACUCCGGGAUGCUGACCUUCUAGGCAGAGUUGCAAAGAAAAAGCCAUAUCUUAGACUGGCCAAUUAAAAGAAAAGAUUAAGAUGGGCAAAAGAACACAGACACUGGACAGACGUGUUAUGGACAGACGAAUCAAAGUUUGAGGUGUUCGGAUCACAAAGAAGAAAAUUUGUGAGACGCAGACUAAAUGAAAAGAUGCUGGAGGAGUGCUUGAUGCCAUCUGUCAAGCAUGGUGGAGGCAGUGUGAUGGUCUGGCGGUGAUUUGGUGGUGGUAAAGUGAGAGAUUUGUACAGGGUAAAAGGGAUCAUGAAGAAGGAAGGCUAUCAUUCCAUUUUGCAACGCCAUGCCAUACCCUGUGGACGGCGCUUGAUUGGAGCCAAUUUCCUCCUACAACAGGACAAUGACUCAAAGCACAGUUCCAAACUAUGCAAGGACUAUUUAGGGAAGAAGCAGUUAGCUGGUAUUCUGUCUAUUAUGGAGUGGCCAGCACUGUCACCGGAUCUCAACCCUAUUGAGCUGUUGUGGGAGCAGCUUGACCGUGGGAGGUGCUUCAGGAAGCAUGGGGUGAAAUCUCUUCAGAUUACCUCAAUAAUGCUCUCGAUGGUGCAGCUGUAUAACUUUUUGAGGAUCUGAGGUCCCAUGCCAAAUCUUUUCAGUCUCCUGAGGAUGAAUUGGCUUUGUCGUGCCCUGUUCAUGACUGUCUUGGUGUGUUUGGACCAUGAUAGUUUGUUGGUGAUGUGGACACCAAGGAACUUGAAGCUCUCAACCUGCUCCACUACAGCCCCGUCGAUGAGAAUGGGGGCAUGCUUGGUCCUCCUUUUCCUGUAGUCCAAAAUACAGCUAUACAUAGGGGAAGAUGUAUUUUCAGUUGUUUGCUUAGUGAUCUUCUACAUCAGCUGACUUUGACUAAAUAAUGCAUUGUUGCUGUUUGCUACAACAUUGCCCGGGAGAAUGGGAGAAAGUCCAUAACAGCAAUAUACAAUUGUGUGUGUACUCAGUGCCGUUUCUAGGCAUAAAAAACAUACAGUGCCUUCAAAAAGUAUUCACACCCUCAGAAAUGUUCCACAUUUUGUUGUGUUACAGCCUGAAUUUUUUAUUUAUUAAAUUGAGAUUUUUUGUGACUGGCCUUCCCCAUAAUAUCAAAGUGGAAUUAUGGUUUUCAGGAUUUUUACUAAUGAAUGAAAAAUAAAAAGCUGAGCUGUCUUAAGUCAAUAAGUAUUCAACCCCUUUGUUAUGGCAAGCCUAAAUAAAAGUAAACAAUUGCUUAAGUCACAUAAUACACUGCUCAAAAAAAUUAAGGGAACAGUUAAACAACACAAUGUAACUCCAAGUCAAACACACUUCUGUGAAAUCAAACUGUCCACUUAGGAAGCAACACUGAUUGACCAUACAUUUCACAUGCUGUUGUGCAAAUGGAAUAGACAACAGGUGGAAAUUAUAGGCAAUUAGCAAGACACCCCCAAUAAAGGACUGGUUUUGCAGGUGGUGACCACAGACCACUUCUCUGUUCCUAUGCUUCCUGGCUGAUGUUUUGGUCACUUUUGAAUGCUGGCGGUGCUUUCACUCUAGUGGUAGCAUGAGACGGAGUCUACAACCCACACAAGUGGCUCAGGUAGUGCAGCUCAUCCAGGAUGGCACAUCAAUGCGAUCUGUGGCAAGAAGGUUUGCUGUGUCUGUCAGCGUAGUGUCCAGAGCAUGGAGGCGCUACCAGGAGACAGGCCAGUACAUCAGGAGACGUGGAGGAGGCCGUAGGAGGGCAACAACCCAGCAGCAGGACUGCUACCUCCGCCUUUGUGCAAGGAGGAGCACUGCCAGAGCCCUGCAAAAUGACCUCCAGCAGGCCACAAAUGUGCAUGUGUCUGCUCAAACGGUCAGAAACAGACUCCAUUAGGGUGGUAUGAGGGCCCGACGUCCACAGGUGGGGGUUGUGCUUACAGCCCAACACCGUGCAGGACGUUUGGCAUUUGCCAGAGAACACCAAGAUUGGCAAAUUCGCCACUGGCGCCCUGUGCUCUUCACAGAUGAAAGCAGGUUCACACUGAGCACAUGUGACAGACGUGACAGAGUCUGGAGACGCCGUGGAGAACGUUCUGCUGCCUGCAACAUCCUCCAGCAUGACCGGUUUGGCGGUGGGUCAGUCAUGGUGUGGGGUGGCAUUUCUUUAGGGGGCCGCACAGCCCUCCAUGUGCUCGCCAGAUGUAGCCUGACUGCCAUUAGGUACCGAGAUGAGAUCCUCAGACCCCUUGUGAGACCAUAUGCUGGUGCGGUUGGCCCUGGGUUCCUCCUAAUGCAAGACAAUGCUAGACCUCAUGUGGCUGGAGUGUGUCAGCAGUUCCUGCAAGAGGAAGGCAUUGAUGCUAUGGACUGGCCCGCCCGUUCCCCAGACCUGAAUCCAAUUGAGCACAUCUGGGACAUCAUGUCUCGCUCCAUCCACCAACGCCACGUUGGACCACAGACUGUCCAGGAGUUGGCGGAUGCUUUAGUCCAGGUCUGGGAGGAGAUCUCUCAGGAGACCAUCCGCCACCUCAUCAGGAGCAUGCCCAGGUCAUACAGUCACGUGGAGGCCACACACACUACUGAGCCUCAUUUUGACUUGUUUUAAGGACAUUACAUCAAAGUUGAAUCAGCCUGUAGUGUGGUUUUCCACUUUAAUUUUGAGGGUGACUCCAAAUCCAGACCUCCAUGGGUUGAUAAAUUUGAUUUCCAUUGAUAAUUUUUGUGUGAUUUUGUUGUCAGCACAUUCAACUAUGUAAAGAAAAAAGUAUUUAAUAAGAUUAUUUCAUUCAUUCAGAUCUAGGAUGUGUUAUUUUAGUGUUGCCUUAAUUUUUUUGAGCAGUGUAAGUUGCAUGGACUCACUCUGUGUGCAACAAUAGUGUUUAAACUUAUUUUUGAAUGACUACCUCAUCUCUGUACCCUACAAGUACAAUUAUCUGUAAGGUCCCUUAGUCGAGCAGAGAAUUUCAGGCUAAGAUUCAACCACAAAGACCAGGGAGUUUUUCCAAUGCCUCGCAAAGAAGGGCAUCUAUUGGUAGAUGGGUAAAAACAGAAAAGCAGACAUAGUAUAUCCCUUUGAACAUGAUGAAGUUAUUAAUUACACUUUGGAUGGUGUAUCAAUACACCCAGUCACUGCAACGGAAACCGCUCAGGGAUUUCAGCAUGAGUGACUUUAAAACAGUUACAGAGUUUAAUGACUGUGAUGGGAGGAAAUUGAGGAUGGAUCAAAAACAUUGUAGUUAGUCCGCAUUACUAACCUAAUUGACAGAGUGAAAAGAAGGAAACCUGUACAGAAGAAAAAAAAUCCAAAACAUGCAUCCUGUUUGCAACAAGGCACUAAAGUAAUACAUGCAGAAAAUGUGGCAAAGCAAUACACUUUUUGUCCUGAACACAAAUAAUUAUGUUUGGGGCAAAUCCAAUACAACACAACUGAGUAGCACUCUCCAUAUUUUCAAGCAUGGUGGAGCAGGACACACCCACUCGCAUCACUUGGAUGGAGCGGGACACACCCACUCGCGUAACUUCCUGUUGAACGCGUAACUUGUAAGAGCUUGGUUUGUUGUUUUGAAAGUCUAUUGAAAAAGAUUAGUUACUAGCUAGCUACAUUUUGAGUUUGGAUCCCACGAAGCGGUUGGCAUCAGUUGCUGGGACUGCUACUAUCUCUCGAGUGAUCCUGCCGACUAAGGCCGGAUCUGAGGAGCUGCUUGGCGUAGCAGCUAGCCUGGCUGCUAGCUAGCUGCUUAUCAAGUUAGUGUGGUUUUCUUGAGGGCUUGAACGCACCCCGCGACGCGGUUAGCCAUUGUGGCUGGGACCGCGGAUGGUCUCGGGCUUGUGGCUGUCUAGAUCACUGCUGUUUGUUGUUGUUGUUUCUAAUCUUCUCUGUGACCUGCCCUGUCUGGAACUGUGAGAAGUAACAGCGUAACCUACGAUUAUCUCGAGGGACAAUCAAGUCGGAACGACAUUGUUGUGGACAGAAUUGCAGAAUCUCCACAUGAGACCUGGACAGAGUCUGAGGACAAAGUGAGGGAAAUGAUCUCGGAGAAACUGAAGAUGGACCACCGGAGAUUGAGAUGGAGGUUCAUGAAAUCAAUCAUUUGCUAACAUCAGAUAACAUUAACAUAUUAGCCAUUUCUGAGACUCACUUAGAUAAUUCAUUUGAUGAUACAGCAGUAGCAAUACAAGGAGAUAACAUCUGUAGAAGAGACAGGAAUGCUUAUGGGGGAAGUGUUGCCGUAUAUAAACAGAGGUCUACUUUCUUGGGGACUUGAAUAUUGACUGGUUUUCAUCAAGCUGUCCGCUCAAGAGGAAGCUUCUCACUGUAACCAGUGGCUGUAAUCUGGUUCAAGUUAUUAAUCAACCUAUCAGGGUAUUUACAAACACUACAAGAACAAGAUCAUCCACAUGUAUUGAUCACAUUUUUACUAAUACUGUAGAACUCUGUUCUAAAGCUGUAACCAUACCCAUUGGAUGCCGUGAUCACAAUAUGGUGGCUAUAUCCAGGAAAGCCAACGUUCCAAAAGCUGAGCCUAAAAUAGUGUGUUAGAGAUCAUACAAAAGAUUUUGCUGUGACUUUUAUUAUGGAUGAUUUAAAAAAUAUGUGUUGGUCUGAUGUGAUUAUUAAGGAGCAUCCAGAAGCUGCACUUUAUGAAAUUGCUUCUUACAAUUAUUGAUAAACAUGCACCUGUUAAGAAACUCACGGUUAGAACUGUUAAGGCUCCAUGGAUUGAUGAGUAAUUGAAAAACUGUAUGGUUGAAAGAGAUGGGGCAAAAUGAGUGGCUAAUAAGUCUGGCUGCAUAUCUGACUGGCUGACUUACUGCAAAUUGAGAAAUGUUGUGACUAAACUCAACAAAAAGUAGAAGAAACUGUAUUAUGAAGCCAAGAUCAAUGAUAAAAACGUUGGUGGCGUGUUCAUCACAAAACCAUUUGAUGUUGCCAAUUAUUUUAAUGAUUACUUCAUGGGCAAAGUGGGCAAACUUCAGCAGGAAAUGCCCACAACUAAUCAUACUCAUGCAUAAAAAAACGAAUAAUGAAAGAAAAGCAUUGUAAUUUAGAGUUUUGUAAAGUUAGUGUGGGAGAGGCAUUGACAACUCAGAUGGAAAGCUCCUGAGGAUGGUAGCUGACUCUGUAGCCACUCCUGUCUAUCAAAUCUUUAAUCUGAGCCUAGAGGAAAGUCUUUGUCCUCAGGCCUGGAGGGAAGCUAAAGUCAUUCCGCUGGCGGCCUUUACUGGUUCUAACAGCAGAUCUAUCAGCUUGCUGCCAGCUCGUAGCAAACUGUUGGAAAAAAUUGUGUUUGACAAAAUACAAUGCUAUUUCUCUGUAAACAAAUUACCAACAGACUUUCAGCAUGCUUAUGGAGAAGGGCACACAACAUGUUUUGCAAUGACACAAAUGACUGAUGAUUGGUUGAAAGAAAUUGAUACGAAGUUUGUUGUAGCUGAACUGUUAUAUUUCAGUGCAGCCUUUGAUAUUAUUGACCAUAACCUGUUGUUGAGAAAACAUAUGUGUUAUGGCUUUUCAACCUCUGCCAUAUCGUGGAUUCAGAGCUAUCUAUCUAAUAUAACUCAGAGGGUUUUCUUUAAUGGAAGCUUCUCUAAUGUCAAACAUGUAAAGUGUGGUGUACCGCAGGGCAGCUCUCUAGGCCCCCUGCUCUUUUCUAUUUUUACCAAUGACCUACCACUGGCAUUAAACAAAGCAUGUGAGUCCAUGUAUGCUGAUGAUUCAACCAUAUACGCAUCAGCAACCACAGCUAAUGAAGUCACUGAAACCCUUUUGAAAUGGGUCGGCAGUAAUAAACUGGUCCUGAACAUCUCUAAAACUAAGAGCGUUGAAAUAGGUACAAACCAUUCCCUAAGUUCUAGACCUCAUCUGAAUCUGUUAAUGAAUGGUGUGGCAGUUGAACAAGUUGAGGAGACUAAAUUACUUGGUUUUACCUUAGAUUGUAAACUGUCAUGGUCAAAACAUAUAGAUUCAAUGGUUGUAAAGAUUGGGAGAGGUCUGUCCUUAAUAAAAAUAUGCUCUGAUUUUUUGACACCACACUCCAAAAUCAAGUCCUGCAGGCUCUAGUUUUGUCUUAUCUUGAUUAUUGUCAAGUCGUGUGGUCGAGUGCUGCAAGGAAAGACCUAGUUAAGCUGCAGCUGACCCAGAACAGAGCGGCACUUCUUGCUCUUCAUUGUAAACAGAGAGCUAAUAUUAAUACUAUGCAUGCCAGUCUUUCUUGGCUGAGAGUUGAGGAAAGACUGACUGCAUCACUUCUCUUUUUUAUAAGAAACAUUAAUGUGUUGGAAAUUCCAAAUUGUUUGCAUAGUCAGUUUACACACAGCACUGCCACACACACUUACCCCACAAGACAUGCCACCAGGGGUCUUUUCACAGUCCCCAGGUCCAGAACAAAUUCAAGGAAACGUACAAUAUUAUACAGAGCCAUGAGUGCAUGGAACUCCCUUCCAUCUUAUAUAGUGCAAGUGAACAGCAAACCUGGUUUAAAAAACGAAUAAAGCAACACCUCACGGCACAACGCCUCUGCCCCAUGUGACCUACUUCGUGUGUGUAUGUACUGACAUGUAUGUGUAACUGAUAGAUGCACACACACACACACACUACACAUUAAUGUUUUUACAUGUAAAUUGUAAAGUAUUUUGCCUGUAAUGUAUUUUUUGUUAUGUGUCGGACCCCAGUAAGACUAGCUGUCACCAUUGACGUCGGCUAAUGGGGAUCCAAUAAAUCAAAUCAUGGUUGUGGCUGCAUCAUGUUAUGGGUAUGCUUGUAAUCGUUAAGGAUUGGGGAGUUUUUCAGGAUAAAAAAUUAAUGGCAUGGAGCUAAGCACAGGUAAAAUCCUAGAGGAAAACCAGGUUCAGUCAGCUUUCCACCAGACGCUGGGCGAUUAAUUCACCUUUCAGCAGGACAAUAACUUAAAACACAAGGCCAAAUCUACACUGGAGUUGCUUACCAAGUUGACAGUGAAUGUUAUUGAGUGGCCAAGUUACAGUUUUGACUUAAAUCUGCUUGAAAAUCUAUGACAAGACUUGAAAAUGAUUAUCUAGCAAUGAUCAACAACCAAUUUGACAGUUUGAAGAAUUUUGUAAAGAAUAAUGGGCAAAUGUUGCACAAUCCAGAAAGACUCACAGCUGUAAUCGCUGCCAAAGCUGAUUCUAACACGUACUGGCUCAGGGGGUUGAAUACUUAUGUAAUCAAUAUAUUAGUGUUUUAUUUUCAUACAUUCUUUUGUUGUUAAAACAAUUGACAAUAAAUGACAAAACAAUUGUAAUCCCACUUUGUAACACAACAAAAUGUGGAAAGAUUCAAUGGGUGUGAAUACUUUCUGAAGGCCCUGUAAGUGGCUGCUUAGGGCCCCGCGGCAACAUGACAUUUGUUUUAAAACUGCUAAAUGUUCUCUCUGCCCCAUGGCAAAAUAUGUAGAAUAGCAGAAAAUGUUAUCUAAAACUGCAACAGUUUCUCUACGCCCCAUGGCAAAACGUGUAGAAUUGCAGGACAAGCUUCAAAUGUUGCUUAGGGCAACCAAAAUGAUAGAAACGGCCCUGUGUGGACUAGUAUUGGAAGCUAUAGCAAUAUUCUUCUACUUUACAGAAAUGCAUGAGACUAUUGGGGAGAAACUACUGAAGUCCUACCAGAGGUUGAGGUAAGUCGAUGAGCGGUCUUCAUUUAUUCUCAUUCACAUUUAUUCUAUGCUGCUGUAUUAUGUGACCAUAGUGUCUGGAAGAGAUAUAGACACAGAUAGAUGCAGGCAUGUAUACUGAGUAUACCAAACAUUAGGAACACCCUCCCCUUUUGCCCUCAGAACAGCCUAAAUUCGUCAGGGCAUGGACUCUACAAGGUGUCGAAAGCGUUCCACAGAGAUGCUGGCCCAUGUUGACAACAUUGCUUCCCCAAGUUGGCUGGAUGUCCUUUGGGUGGUGGACCAUUAUUGAUACACACGGGAAACUGUUGAGUGUGAAAAACCCAGCAGCGUUGCCGUUCUUGACACAAACCGGUGCGCCUGGCUCCUACUACCAUAUCCCGUUCAAAGGCACUUCAAUCUUUUGUCUUGCCCAUUCACCCUCUGAAUGGCACACAUACACGUCUCAAUUGUCUCAAGGCUUAAAACCUGUUUCCUCCCCUUCACCUAUACUGAUUGAAGUGUAUUUAACAAGUGGCAUCAAGGGAUCAUAGCUUUCACCUGGUCAGUCUAUGUCAUGGAAAGAGCAGGUGUUCUUAAUGUUUUGUGCACUCAGUGUACAUGAUCAAUGAUAAAAACAUGUAAUUUCAUUAGGAAUUGGUGGGCAAAACAGUACAAUGUAUGGAUAGGGGCAGGUUAAAACAAUGAAGUAUUAUACAGUGUCAUAUAACUGUAAAUUGCAUUCUCUGUGUGUGUUUCAUCUUCUAGUCAUAUAGCAGUCGUGCCGCCAACCCCUCCACCCUAUUACGAUGGGCUAUCCUUCAGCAAAUCAUGGGUGAGGUCAAAUGAAGAUAUCCAAAUUCCGUUUUGUUUCAUAAACCACAAUUCUGAUUUGGUCUGUCGAAUGUGUUAUCAAUGAUUUAGUGAUUUGAUGAUCUCUAGGGACUGAAUCACGACUUGAAAAAACCCUUCACCAAGUCUAUGGAGGAUCUGAUGAUUUCCCUCACCAGCCACAUGAGAAGUAAGUGAGUCUUUUGAUCCAUUUCAAUAUUGACAAAGGAAAGGUCUCUGGCAGAACAAGAGUAAAUUAUCUUUGAAUAUGUUAGGUAAUUUGAAGUUCAUCUUGGUGAGAAAAAUAGGAUCCAACAAAGGAUGUGGCAAAACAGCGACACAUCUAAUCUGAGCGUUAUCAAGUUGUUGAUAAGCUAUCCUUAUGCUUAGUCAUGGUGCUAAGGAAACUGCACCUAGGCAACGAGAUAAGGUAUGAUAUCUAUAGUGUGGCUUGUUCACAAGCAGCACGUCAGAAGUGCUAUAUUAUGUAUGGAGAAGGUCUGUGUGUGUUAUUCAUCCAACCUUUCGGGUUGCAGGGUUCUCCAGAUCGCAGGAGGAUGUGCGAGUGGAACAGGAUCUGCUUACAGUGGACAACAGCCAGGGACAGAGGACUGUCCAGAAAAGCCUCUCUGACACAAACAUCAACAAAUCCACCAAUGUAAGAGAAACCAAAUAAAUAUCAACCCCUCAACUGUGUGUAAAAGUAUUACACUCUCAUUUCAGACAGACCACAUAAAGCAAAGAGCCCCCCUCCCCCCCAUGUUUAAAUCCAAGUGAGAUAUUGAUAAUAUUAUGACACUGACGAUUAUUUCCGACAGGAGAGACUUUAGGAACACAGCAAAUGUAACAACACCUUCAAGCCUCUUGGUGUAAUGGCUCAGAUGUUGGACUGACAGACCCAGGGACCCGGGUUCAAGUCCUGGUGUCGCUACCCCUGAAUUCAUUACAAUAUGAAUAAAAAGUGUGCAAUUUUCAACAGACACAACUUCUCUCCUCACAGCUAACCAAAGGCCCCAGUCUUCCCAACCUGUUCAGGAAGAGCCGGAAUGAUGACCAGAGCGGUUCCUCAUCAGGGGCAGAUGAGGACAUUUCCCUCGGCUCAGAGUACUUAGGGGGAAAGAGGGUGAGUUGAGUGGCCUGAUGAUGAAGAGAGAAAUGAAGAUGAAACAGCAGCUUAUGCAAAACAUCCCGUGACUUCACAAUUGAUUUGACCAGAUACAGAUUUUUGUUACUGUUUGUUAUGUGGUUGCCAUGUCUUUUUCAUAGCUUGCAAAGCUGGCGGAGAAGCGAGAAAGCAAUGCAUGCAAAACAUCUGCAUGCUUAAUUACAGAAUAGACCUGCAUUGUCUAUAUGCUGUCAUGACAUAUUUUUAAAGCUGCAAUAUGACAUUUGAUCUGUAUUACAGGGUAGUAGUGCUAGCAGCACUGGUACAGACUGUGAUCUCUUGGAGAUCAGCAGUGUGAUGGGAGAGCUAGAGCUCGCCAUCGCCUUCAACGACAUCACUUCCUGCCUGGAGAUCACAAUCAACGGCUGCAGAAACUUGGCCUACGGAGAUAUCAAGAGGAAGAAGUGUCAUCCGUAAGCAGUAUAACUCAUUACACUAGAUCUUAGAAAUCACAGGAGGCUGGUGAGAGGAGGACGGCUCAUAAUAAUGGCUGGAACGGAGCGAAUGGAAUGGCAUCAAACACAUGAAAACAAUGUGUUUGAUGUAUUUGAUACCAUCCCACUGAUUCCGCUCCACCCAUUAUCAUGAGCCCGUCCUCCCCAAUUAAGGUGCCACCAACCUCCUGUGAUAGAAAUAGAAGGCCUACCCAUCAUGGAAUGUUGACUUGAAUGGGGAGGCCCAUUCUAGUAAUUGUAUGUCUAUGAUACCAGAUUAUUACUCUCUGUUGUACUGUGAACCAUUAGCAUACUAGAUCUCCUUAUCCUGCACUGUAUGUCACCAUCAUGGGCAGGUAUGUAAAGGUUUAUCUACUGCCGGAGACGUCUCAGAGCACCAAACUGAAGACGACGGUCAAGAGGAACACAACGGAUCCCGUUUAUAAUGAAGUUUUACAGGUAAGGAGAAAAACACUAUAAAAUAUAGUAAAACGAGUUAAAUAGUCUGCACUGUUAUGGAAUCUCCUGUGUUUCACCCACCCAUGUGUUGUAUUCCCUGAUACACAGUGCCAGAUGGAGCGCCCCCUGUUGUCCAGGAGUACUCUGCAGGUGUCUGUGUGGCACUCUGGGACUCUGAAGAAGAAGGUGUUUCUGGGAGAGAUUCUCGUCCCGCUGGAGGGGUGGAUGUUUGAGGAGAGCACCACCCAGGGCUCCAGCUGGUACCCCCUGUGUCCCAAGGUAGGGUAUAACUGCUGAUCGUUAAGCAACGUUCACAAAAUACCCUUUGAUAUCUCUAUAAAUACAUUUCUUUAAACAUGGUUAGCAGUGUUGGUUAGGGGGGAAAAAAACAGGUAUGUUUCAUCUCUCGCUCGCUCUCUCUCUCUCUCUAUAGCCUGAGAGUCCAGAAAGGAGUGCAGUAGAGCAGGAUACAGCAGGAGAACUGCUGGUCAGAGUGAAGUUCACCUCCUUGUCCCAGCCGUCCUGGGUUUGCCAUACAGAUGGUAGGCUGGCUCUCUACAAUUCAUUGCCUCACACACUAGACGCUGUACAGGUUAUAGUGUGGUUUUACAGCACUAGGGGUCAGAAGAUCCCUUAUGUUGGAUUGAAAUGACCUUGUUUUCUCUUCUUUCUCCACACAGAGGUUCAUAUUGGACCACAUGACGUUGGUCAACUGACUGUUCUCGUCACUGGUGCCAAAAACCUGCCCACUAAAGCAAACACCAGUCAGAACACCUAUGUAAAAGGGUAAAUAUAUGACCAGUGUGUGGGUUUGCUUUGGUGCGAUAUUGUUAUGUGUGUUCUGGUGUAUUUUUGUUUCUAUUUAUGUGUGUUCUACUAUACAGUCAUGGUGACGUUGGGACAUUUCCCACGUCACCAUGAGGAAACAAGCUAUUUUAAGCUUACGGGUUAGGUUUAGGAUUAGGGUUGCAAUUAGGGUUAGAAUUAAGGUUAGGGUAAGUGGUUAGGUUUAGGGUUAGGAACUAGGUUUAGAGUUAGGUUAAAUAGGAUUUUGAAUGGAAUUCCAUUUUUGGUCCCCACGAAGAUAGAACAAAAUGUUUGUGUGUGUGUUUUCAUCUAUACAUUUACCUUUAUAUUCUGUGUGUUUUAGGUGCUUGACUCUCCCCGGGCCCAGGGAGCUGGUCCAGAGGACCCCUGUCCUGAAGAAGAAGCCCAGUCCAGAGUGGUCUCACCAGCUGCUCUUCAGCAGGGUCACACCUUACGACCUCCAGAUCUGCACUCUGGAGCUGGACCUCUGGGACCAUGCCCCCUUCACCUUCUCAGACCGUCUCCUUGGCUGGGUUAGAAUGGAAGCUGGUAAGAUGGCUACCUGUCUGUCAAUGACUGUUUUACCUUUACAAUUAUACAUUAGAUUGUAAUCAGUUUGCAUGAAAAUUAAAUGGCCUAACUGGAAAAGUUUGACCAGGCCUAUACAAGGGGACUUGGGGCUGGAUUAAAUCCGUAUCGUUACGCGUUGUAGCCCGAUCGACAUUUAAAGGGUAAUGUUCCCACGUUCGUGGAGACUGCAUUCACGGUAAACGCUGCAAAUGUCGGCUCAAUCGGAAAUUACCUUUAAAAUGUCAAGGGCGCUAUACCGCUGAACUUCGGUGAUAUGGAUUGAAUCCAGCCCUUGAGAUGAAAUAAAAUAGAAUCCUAUGUAGAAAACUAUGGGAGAAUCUCAAUUGCAUACUCCUCGUGUCCUCUCUCCUCGCCUCUUCUCAAAGCCCAGUGGAUGAGGAAGCCAGAUGUCUCUCUCCUCUGACCUUCUCCAAUGGGUUUUGAGAAGGUGAGGAGAGAGGACACGAGGAGUAUGUGAUUGAGAUUCUCCCUGUUUGUGAGAAGAAGCUAGGAAGGACUGAUGAUGUCACUGACCUGGCACUCUGUUAACCCCGUGUCUCCCAGGGUCGUCUUGGCAACUGGUGCUGCAGAUGCCCAACAUGUGGCAUGACUUUAGUUUACCCAUGCAAGCCAAUGUCAACAGCAGGAGAACAUGA